GGCAGAGAGAGAGAGAGAGAGAGAGAGAGAGAAAAAGAGAGAAAGUAGACGUAGCGGUUGUUGGAAGGCAUCGUAAGAGAAUAUAAUCGUAGUUGGUCGUAGUCGAUGCCACCGUACGGUACGGUCAGCGUCUUUUACAUUUUUUAAACGUGUUUUUACCGCAAACCCAUUCUCGCAUGGGUUUUCAAAAGGAGCAACGCGUCUCGUAGAAUGGGAACGCGCGGCGUUGUGCGUAUUUUUCGAUUAAAUAAACAAAGAUAAAAAAUAAAGUAAUAAACGAGUUAGAAACUGAACGUAUUCAACGCGACAGAUCGACAGUGAUCAGACCAAAAAUGUGGAGUCCUACUCACGUACAGGUGACAGUUCAAAAAGCUAAAGGGCUAUUGACCAAAGGAAAAAACAAGACCAACGAUUGUUUCGUGACGAUCGCCCUCGGCAAGGAAAAGUACCAGACGUCGGUGAAAGAGAAGGCUUCCAAGGACGUGGAAUGGCACGAGGAAUGCGAAUUAGCCAUACCAGAACACGGAAACACCGCGGAAAUCGUCCUCACGGCAUUGCACCGUAAUUUCCUUGGAGUUGAUGAAUUUCUAGGCACGAUUAGCAUUCCUUUAUCGAGUUUCGAUGUUUACGAGAGACCUAAGAACAGAUGGUAUACGUUGUGCAGUAAGCCAGGAAAAGAAAAUACGAAAGAAAGAGGCGAGCUCGAAGUCAGGAUUGGUUUUAUAGUGAAGGCUGGUAGUUUAACCGAUCUCACGAGAAAGGAAAGACACAAAAGUUCUCUCGGACAAUUGUCGACCGCGGCUCAAUCCAUCGGUGGAAGUUUGUUGAGUAUAGGUAGCAUAGAAAAACGUAAAGGAUUGAAAAAGUUGGCCAAGUCUAUAGGUAAUCGAGUUAAAGGAAAGAGUAAAAAUAGAUUGGAUAAAGAGAACUUGGAUGAGAGGGAAGAAGAUCAUGGAUUUCGAAGGACUAGACAAGAACCCGGAGAAGCUGAUCCUGGUGUCAUCAGCGAGGACGAGGACGAAUUUACGUUCGACGAUCUGUCCCACAAGAGUUCGGCCUCAUCGUUGAAUGCACCGGUCGCUACUAUAAAUGGUGCGAAGAAAAGCAACAGCGUGACCUCGGUCGAAUCUGCUGGUUCCUCUGGUCGAAAUAAUGUUGGUCAUGAGAUACAGCAAACGGCACCUAUCACGAUUAACGUGGCACCCAACAAGCCACCACGUUUCGCCACAAGUUCCUCUACCACGUCCCUGUCCAAAAUCGACGAUCAAAAAGACGAAUGGGGUCUGAAACUAUACGGGAAACAACCCAAUGCUUCCAAGAGAUGGGAAAAUAACAAGCUGAAUAAUCCAAAGAUUUUGAUAGAUGAGGCAAAGGACGAGCGACUGGAUCGAUCUCCAGUACCCUCACCAUCGCCAACAUCCAGAUUUAGAGAUACUCCAGAACCUCCGAGUCCAGCUCCGCGUGAAAUAAUUCAACUUAAGAACAACAAAGAGGAAAAGCCUUCUUUGAUCAAAGAUAAAUUUUCCAAGGAAGAUAAAUUGAAGGAUAAAAGAGAGGAAAAGUUCCUUACGCGGAGUCCAAGGGAAGAGAAAAUCUCUAAGAAAGAUAAGAAGAAGGAAAAAGAGAAUAAAACCAAAGAAAUUAACGAGGAUAAUCACCCUUCCUCCUCGGAAAGGAUCAUAAUAGGAGGGGAAGAUGCGUUUAAGGGUGAACAAUUAUCGAAACAUCGACUAACCCAUGAAAUUAUUUCUCAAUUUGAUGGAAAAUCUAGAGAAGAUUUGAUAGAACUGACACUACAGCUUCAAGCAGAAGUAGCAGAUAAAAAAAAACGUAUGGUCGAUUUGGAAGAUUACAUUGAUUCUUUGUUGUUACGGGUUAUCGAGUGUUCACCACGUUUACUGCAGAAUCCAUUUCAAACACAAAGACGUUUAUCGUCUCCUGGACAUCAGUGAAAAUUCACGCGUGUUCUUCCAGUCGAACUGAUAUUAUCUUUGUUAAAUAAUUUCAUUUUAUUCCCAAUGCGAAGCGCCUUAUUAUUAUUAUUAUUAUUAUUAUUAUUAUUAUUAUUAUUAUUAUUAUUAUUAUUAAUCUCGUUCAAUCAUUCGACGUUAGAAUGUUCGUGCUUUUAACUUAUUCCCUCGUGAUAAUCAUUUAGCAUAUAUAGAUUUUAGAUUAUUUGCACAAAUGUAUGCGUCGUUAAGUUUUAUUAGUAUCAAACUAAAAAUAUUAUUAUAUGUGUUUUACUUUGCCGUUAAUAUCGUUGACGUAAUAACGUCUAAGCAUGUUUUAAAUAUGUUCCAAGCAUUUUCCUGUCUUCCCAGCAUAACAGAACAUGAAUUGAUCGGAUAAUCAAAUUCGCGUUUUAUUUUAAUACUUACGUGUAUGUCCGUCCGAAUGAACUUAUUGAAUGAUAUGCCAAUACCUAUAACAGAUCUUUAUAUAUUCUGAAUAAAUUAUAUGAAAACACAAUAGUAGAAAAAGAAAAGAGAUCAAACUUUUCAUUAUUUUUACAUGUACAGA